AUGGUGCGAAAUGCAGGUGGUCGGGCUUUUAACGCUAUCCGGACCUUAUCUGUGUUACAGACCAUUGGCGCCCCCGGUACCAUUAUAGUUAUGCACCAUACGGACUGCGGCUUGACGCAUUUUCAUAACGCCGACAUCAAACAGGCGCUACUCGAAAUUGCGCCCCAUGAACAGGAGUUAAUCAAGGCUCCCGAGUUCGGGAAAUAA